UAAAUCUAAGGUAAAAAAGACAUUUAUAAUGUGAGUUUACUUCAAACUGUCAAUUUAAAAUCCAUAUGGCUUCGGUUUAUUAUUUAUACGAUGAUGGUCUUCAUAUAGCAGACGACAUAGUCCAGAAAUAUUCAAACCAGGACCAGGAUGUCAAGGAUAAUUAUUUGGCAGCCGUAAUUAUACAAAGGGCUUACCGAGGAUAUGUGGUGAGGAAGGAAUACAAAGCAGUACGCAACGCCGCAAUAACUGUACAAAGAUACGUACGCGGUUGGUUGGCUCGCUAUCAUUUACCGGACAUCGUGCAGGAGUAUUAUGACAAAAUGUGUUUACGCCAUUACAAUAAUAUGGCAACUAAAAUUCAAUGUAACUGGAAGGGAUAUAUGGUAAGAACGGAAUAUAAUAUAAAAGAGAUAAUAAGAGAGAAACAGAUGAGUAACGUGGAGAAAGCUGAACAGAAAAUAGAACAGAAAGAUGAAGCUGAUGAGAAAAAAGAAGAAAGUAACACAUCAAACACAUACUUGUUUGGUUCAGACAAUAAAAGACGAGACACUGAUAUGUUCCAUAAAAUGAAAAUAUUAGAGAUGCUGUUCGAUAGGCAUCAUCUAUUAAGUACCACCAUAAAUAAAGGCGUCUUACAUAAUAACAAGGAAUUGGCUGAAAUUGAAAAAGUACUAUCGACAUUUUCUUGGAAAGAUUAUAUGACCGAGCUUAAAAGAAUGUACAGGAAAUUCUAUCGCAAAGAGAAAAAUGAAAAAUAUGUAUACAGAUAUGAAAACAAAUACCUUCAACGUCAGGAGGAUCUACUUAGACAAAGAGAUAAAACCAAAGACGUGAAAGACUGUUUUAUGGUCAAUUAUAGCCUGGAUAAUAAAAACCGAUUCAUAUUAAAAUCACAACUGCCAGAAGAACAAUAUGAAAAAAAAAUUAUGUAUUUAGGAAAAUACACUGCACAAAGUAGCAAUAUUGUUAGAUCCGAAGAUAAGACUAAGAAUAUUUGCGACAAAGAUUUUGUGUUAACUCUCAAAAAAAUUGUAAGAGAUAGCAAAGUACCACCUUAUUAUGCAGACUUUUGGUACAAAGAAUGUAUCGCCCAUACUUUAAAGGAAAUAUAAAGAAUAAAAAUGUCUUUCGCCCAUGUUCCUUCAUGUAAGAAAGUGAGAAAAAUAAAAUAAUCCAUUUAAAUAGUUUAUAAUCUAAAAUAUAAUA